GAUGGCGAUGGGCAGAGAUUUUUUUGUCUCAUCUGCAGCCGGUAAGGAUUCAGUAACGUUGAGGGAGCGAUAGAGCCGGCGGCCGGACCGGGAGGGUUUCUAAACACUUGAUGAAGGCCUCAAACCCCGAUACCAACCUGCAGCUCCCGCGUUCGCAGCUCCGGGUCUUUUUCGAGGAAACAGGCCCUGCUUAACGGCCGCCAUCUUGCUUCAAAGGGGAGCAGAGCGCAUGCGCUGGCACUUUGGUGACGUAUUGAAAAUGGGCGUGGAUUCUCGGUCACCGUUCCCUUUGGGGUCCUAGUGCCCGGAAUAUUAUAUCGUCCCGGGUUGAAGCUGGUUUUUAAUCAGCCUCACCUAUUCCAAGGCUACAGGUUAUGUCUGCUGCCUAGGGGAGUCCAAGGGCCAUGUACAUAUUCAAUUGAGAGGUUGCAGCCCCUGAACAGUUACCUGAAGUCCUUUUACAGGGUAUUGGAAGAGUAAGUUUUACAAAUGGGAGACUCAAACCAAACAUCAUGUCAAGAUCUGACAGAGUCACACAAUUGAUCAGAACCUGAAUAUCAUCAUCCUUUGUGGAAAGAGGAAUGUUUGCCUGUUCUUACUUUGGAAGAAGAUUUCAAACAUCAGUGUGACUGGAAAAGCACCAAGGCACAUACACCCGAGUGAGAGUGUUCCAGUGCACAAACUGUGGAAAGAACUUUAACCAGUUACACAGCCUGAUAAAACAUCACAGUAUUCACGGCAGGGUGAAACCGUACACAUAUUCUUUGUGUGGACAACCGAUUGUGCAACCUGGAGAGACAUAAGGACACCGGCACCAUGCAGAAACCGUGGAAAUGUGAGGACUGUGGGAAGGGAUUCAAGUUUCCAUCCCUGCUUGAAAAUCAUCGACGCAGUCACACAGGGGAGAGGCCGUUCACCUGCUCUGUAUGUGGGAAGGGAUUCACUCAGUCUUCCCACCUGCUGACACACCAGCAAGUUCACAUUGAUGAGAGGCUGGACAACCGCUUGGACUGUGGGAAUGACUUUCAAAGCUCCAAAGACCUGGUCAGGCACCAGGUUUUUCACACCAAGAGACAGUUCAGUUGCUCUCACUGUGGGAGAGUGUUUAUACGAUCACAGAAUCUCAUUGAACAUGAACGCGUUCACACUGGGGAGCGGCCGUUCACCUGCUCCGUGUGUGGGAAGGGAUUCACACGAUCAUCCCACCUCACUUCACACCAACUGGUUCACACAGAUAAAAGACCUUUCAAAUGUUCUGAAUGUGAGAAGAGUUAUAAAACCACAAGUGAACUGCUCAUACAUCGGCGAGUUCACACUGGGGAGAGGCCAUUCACCUGCUCCGUGUGUGGGAAGGGAUUCAUACGAUCAUCCCACCUUGCUAAACACCAACUCGUUCACACGGAUAAAAGACUUUUCAAAUGUUCCGAAUGUGAGAAGACUUAUAAAACCACAAGUGAUCUGCUGACACACCAGCGAGUUCAUAAUGAGACGAGGCCAUUCAGAUGCACAGUGUGUGGGAAGGGAUUCACUCUGUCAUCCAGCCUCCAGAAACACCAGAGAGUUCACACUGGGGAGAGGCCAUUCAUCUGCUCCACAUGUGGGAAGGGAUUCAUUCAUUCAUCCAAUCUUCUGACACACCAGAGAGUUCACACUGGGGAGAGGCCGUUCACCUGUUCUGUGUGUGGGAAGGGAUUCAUUCAUUCAUCUCACCUUUGGAGACACCAGAAAGUUCACAAGUGACUACAGAAGUUGGAUUCUGUUGAUAUUGCUGCUGUUAAUCAUGUCCAUGACUGAACCAAGUUCAUUCUGAGAGCUGGAGUUUGUUCAUGCUGAUGUUAAUAAUCCUCAUAACUGGGCUGGAGUUUAAUACUCUGAUAUCUGAAAUGAACUGAUAUUGUUUCAAACACACCAUCAAUGCAUUCACACUGGGGAGAGGCCAUUCAGUUGCAUUUCCUGUGGAAAGAGGUUCAGGGAGUCAUCCAACUUGCUGAGAUACCAGUGAGUUCACAAUGGGGAGAGCUCGUUCACCUGCUCUACGUGUGCAAAGAGAUUCACUCGGUCACAAUGCCUCCUGAGACAUCAACAAGUUCAUAAGUGACUGUGGGGAUUGGAUUCUGUUGUUAAUCAUGAUUAUUAACACCUAAAACUGGCUGGAGUUUAAUAUUCCGGAGAUGUCACUGAUUUUCAGACCUGCUGUGUCCCUUUUGAAAAGCACCAUGAUCUUUCCCCUUAAUUCAAGAACCCUCAACAGGAACUCAUUUACAAUAAAAUUAUGAAUUUUUACUUCAAUCAUAAAUUGAUCUUUGGUGCAAAAUUUACAAUUAACAUCUCCAAUUAGAAAGUGCUGAUUAAUCCUUGCUGACAAUUCUUACUGACUUACACAUUCUUCACAGUGACACCUCCUUUUUGACAUUAAACCAUCAAGGAAUAUAAACAAAACAGUAAAAUAUUUCACAUUGAUGUUGAUCAAGAUUGAAUGUUGAUGAAGAUUGGAAGUUGCUAAGUUCAACACAGUUGAACUCAGCAACAGUUCCGACACAGCAGCAGCAACAUUUGGUAAAGGUGGAACCCACAACAAAGACUGGUUUCAGACCUACUCAGCAGAGGUGACAUCUGUCAUUGAAGUAAAAAGCAAAGCCUACCUGAUGCACAACAUAAACCCAACAGCUAGAACACUGCAUGACUUGAAAGUCUCUGAGACAAUCGUGCAACAGACAGGGAAUUACUAUAUAAAUAAACACUGGAUCAGCCAAAUCAAGAAAUCCAAACUGCCUGUGACAAUGGAAAUUUACAUGCUAUGUACGAUGGGAUCAAGAGGGUGCUUGGUCUGACCAUCACCAAAGUUUUCGCCUCUGAAAUCGGCAGAAGAUGAAGUACUCACCAACAGAAAUAAACAGAUGUCUCACUGGGUUGAACACUAUUGUGAGCUGUACUCUUGUGAGACAGACAUCUCCCAGUCUCUGUUUGACUCUCCUGCAGCUUCAUGGUUGAGUUGGAUGAGGAAACCUGAUCACUUGAGCUGGAAAAAGCCAUUGAUUGGUCAGCAAGCAGAAAGGCACCCGGCAAGGAUGGAAUUCCAGCUGAACUGCUCAAGCAUGGAAAGUCCCAUAUACUGCUACACCUUCAUCAUCUCCUCCUUCUCUGUUGGAAGGUAGGAUCUGUUCCACAGGACAUGUGUGACGCUAAAAUCACCACAGUAAACAAGAACAAAGGUGACAGGAAAUUAGAAAAACCAAAGGGAUACCUCGCUCCUUAGCUUCACAGGGAAAGCCUUCACUGGGGUGAUGUUUAAAAACUUCAUCUACUUGCAGACUGAGUGAAUCCAGAAGCAUGGUGUGGUUUCUGUGCUGGCAGAUCUUCUCCAUACACUAGCUACAAGAGAAAUGCACAACUAAUAUUUAAUCUAAAAUGCUGCCAGCACUCUGUUGAGAAAAGUGAAACGUUAUAAUUGCUGAGCGGCAGUAAACCUUUAAGUGUGAAUUAUAAUUUACUUGUUUAAUUGUAAAAGCCACAAAAUGUUUGAUUUUCUAAAACAAAACUUCAUCUUUGAGCUUAUGACCCGGAUCUCACAAGCUGUGGAAGCUCCACCCUCUUUAACUCCAUUUGGUCUAAGAAUGUUGAAGCGUCCGUUUACUUGUGAAAGCUGAUUUUUUUUGUGUUAAUUUUCUUAGUUUUAUUCCAGUCAUUUGGAAAGGUGCCUGAAGAAAUAACAGAGAGAAAAAAACACUAAUGUUUGGUCAAAGCUGAGAAAAUACAAAAAGAAUUGGUAAAACAAAGAUAAAAAUGGUGUUUGGUUCAUCUUUGAUCUGAAAAUAGAGUUAAGUAACGGUGACACAAUUGUGUGCAUUUGAGAAUGUUUACACAGGCCUUUCCAAAACAAGCAGAGGAGUUAACCCUUUCCACUGACAACAUGGUGACGAUCCGAACUAAAGACUUUGCCUUUUAAAGAUUUGACUUCAUUCCAUUUGUUAUCUUUCAAGGAUAAAUUGUUUGAGAAUGGGAUUUAUCUCCAAACUGAUUGCAGAUACCUGUACUUCUGUCUCUGAUGUAAAAAUAUCAUAUUAUGAGAAUAUUGAAUUGGUCAGUAAAGUUCCUCCAGGGCUCCUGAAUGAGAUAGAAUGGCAAUUAAUGAGAUAAUAAUAAGAGAGAAAAAUUACACCACCAAAUGGGAAUUGGAAUGAUUCAUCCUGGGUAUAGUUCAAUAGAAUAGAUCAAUCUGGUAUCCAUGUACAUUCAAUUGAAGGCCAGGAAAGUGUAGGUCAAACUAGUAAAUUGAUGACUUUGAGAUGUUUGUACCCUUGCCUCUGAACUGCAAUUGAUAGUUUUGACACCAUCUAAGGCAUUGAACCAUGCAGGGGGAGAUAAGCAAAUAUCUUCAGAUCAACAUUCCCCUAAUCGUUUGGUAAGAUUACCUGAAAGUCAAGAGUGACUUAUAUCAGAUGGCAAAUGUGGCAUGAUUUUGGGAUACUGGUGUGAGUGUGCAGAUAUGAUUUGUUAUUUGUGGAGUAACUAACAUGCAGAAAUGCGAGGUGAAGCUGCACUGAGGAAUAGGUCCCAGUCAUGUUCAGCUACUUGUCAACAGAAGAACAUGAAGUGAUUAAUGUGGUCAAGAGAAUGAGACAUUUUAAAUCAUCAAGGUAUUGGCACAAACUCCAUAGACUCGGAUUGACUUUAAAACAAUCCGAAUAGAAUUAAACACACUGGAAUCUAUCAGAUGGAGUAAAAUUAAAGUGAAGAGGGAUAUCGAAUCUGGAUUUAGAAAAUAUCCACAAGGUGGGUGCCAGUGAAAAGAGAGCUGGAGAAUCUUUAAAUUCCAUCAUGAGCUUUUGUUUGAACCAUAUGUAUUUACGACAUGCCAAUGAUUUAAAUUGUGUGAGAUGAUCUGCAAGUGGGGAGGAUGCAUCAAAGUCAAAAUUUAUAACAUUUUACUCGGAAAGUUUUUACAUUCAUUCUUGGUGGCAGCUCAAGGGUUUGUGUUGCUGAUUCUGAUAAUUCGAGUAGUUUUAGUAUGUUAUCCACAGUCUGUAAUCAAGAAAUUAGGAAAACAAGGUCGUAGCUUAGAAAUAGCUGGGUUAGACAGAAAUCCGAUGUGAGAAGUGAAUAAGGAUAUUCCCUUCUCAAGGUUGGGAGAUCUGUGAGAAAUAACCAUUAAAUACCUUAUGAAAUCUUCAAAAAUGUAUUAACUGUUCUAGGAAUCUCUCUCUCACUUAGGAAGAAAGCUUUCUGGGUUGACAAACACAGGACAUUGCAGGCCUGUUAUCUCUGCCAAGGACAUGUCUCUGGCACAGACCCUAAAACAAGACAAACUUGAUAGGGUGGAGGGACCUCAUGUCCCAAAUAUAAACUAACUGUCUGAAUAAAGGUUAAACAGGAUGCCCGAGAGAGAGAUGAGCCACAAAAUGGCCAUAGGAUGAUGGAUUAAGUGACAGACAUUAUAAGCCCAGAAAUAAGGUAUAUGAACAGGAUUUAGAGAGGGAAAAACACUUCAGACUAGGAAGAGCUUCUCAAAGUGAUCCAUGCUGGCUUCAGCCGAACACUUUGGCUCAAGGAGACCAAGAAAGGAAGAAACUGCCACCUCCAGCCACAGAGAUCAGCAUCCCCCCUGAUCUGGGACCAGUAAACCAUUCCGAGGAGACUGUCACCUCCAGCCAUGGAGAUCAGCAUCUCCCUGAUCCGGGACCAGUAAACCAUUCCGAGGAGACUGUCACCUCCAGCCACAGAGAUCAGCAUUCCCCCCCUGCUUCUCUCCAUCCAUUUGUCCAAUCUGGGACCAGUAAACCGUUCUCACCAGUUAUGGGUCAAUUGUCUUAUCUGCCUAUUUAACUGAUGUAUCAUAUCUAAGCUAUUGCUUC